CAGAUAGGAGUUCUGUUGUAUCUUUUGAUGGGCGUGUAUGGAUGGGUGAAUGAAUAUGAUAAGCCGUUUAAUUUUACCUGCCCACAACACCAAUCUAUUCAUCAAAUAGUGAGUCACCAUGACAACGGGAGGGAGGACAGAGUGUUCGAUUUUCAGUGUACUAGUUAUACGAAAGAAUCCGAGAACUGUUUUUGGACAGAUUAUGUGAACGACUUUGACCAACCUCUGGUUUUCCAGUGUCCACGCGGGGGCGUACUAGACGGCGUCAGUAGUUACCACGACAACCACAGAGAGGACAGGCGCUUCCGGUUCUACUGCUGCGAAAAACCAGGAGUGUGUCUUUACAAUUGUAUGUACAGUGGCUGGGUCAACAGCUACGAUGGAAACUUGAAUUAUACCGCACCGAUCGGUUACGUAAUGCGAGGAUGGACAAGUAUUCACGACAGUGGAAGAGAGGACAGGAUUUUCGACUUUGAUGUCUGUUUAAUGCAAGAAUGUGAGGAUGCAGGAAGUCCUGGACAGUCAGUCAUAGGAAAGUGAUGCCUGAAUAACAUAGUGACGUACUCUAUCGCUUUGUAUUGGUCUUUAGGUUCUGGAAUA